AUGACCAAUUUGCUUACAGAACUCCCAUACUUUCCCAAAAUCUCUCCAAUCACUGUGACUCAGUUUGACAUCAAUGAAUUGUUUCGUGAUGGAAUUCCAACUUCCAAAAUCGCCAGCGAUGGGAUCUUAGCUUUCCACUCGGUCACUUUCGCAACCUCCAACGCCAAAGAAAUGGCCCGCUACUUGGAAUCGGUUAUGGGGUUCCGUGAAAUUGCUUUCCGUAGCUUGGAAUCCGACUCGCCUCUUGUUGGUGCUCAUGUGGUUCAAAACGGAAACGUCACCUUUGUGAUUGUAAACAACCUUGAAAUACCCGAUGGUGAGAGGUGUAACGUUGAUAUUCAUCAGAAACUUGCAUUGGCAUUCGGGAAGUCUCCCAAUGGUGUCGAAGAUGCUUGUUUGGCUGGUCAAUUCGCCUCUGUUCGUGAGAAAUUCUCCAGGAUAGAUAGGUUGGAUGCCCUCACAUCAGUGCAAAAUACUCAAUUGUGCCAGUUGGCUACAGAUGCCAUAAAUGCAUGGAAAAUCCAUAGAUUUGUGAAUCGUCACGGAAUGGGAGUGUCUAACAUUUCGUUCGAAGUUGAUGAUGUAGAUGAGACCUUCCAAAAAUCCGUAUCCAAUGGUGCUACUUCCCUCCAACUUCCUGCCAUCCACCGGGAUGAAUUUGGUAGUGUUAAAAUGGCACUUGUUAGCUCACCCAAUCAUGAUUGUACCUACACCUUGAUUCAAAACUUGGACUAUUCAGGCGCCUACCUUCCUCACUUCAAGGCUUCCCUCUCGAAGUUUGACAAUAACGUGGUGAUGUUUCACGAAAUAGACCAUUGCGUUCAAAACUUCUCCUGGAACGAAAUGUUACCCAAUGCCAGUUUCUACGCAGCAGCAUUUGGUCUUCACAAGUUUUGGUCCGUUGAUGAUAACGAUGUGUCGACGGGGAAUACUGCGUUGAGAUCGAUGGUUAUGGCCAAUUCUAAUGGAAAGGUGAGAAUCCCCAUUAACGAGCCUGUAAAAUCCAAAUUUAGAGGCCAGAUAGAAGAGUUUCACGACUAUUGUGGAGGCCCAGGCGUUCAACAUGUUGCACUCAGCACAAGAGACAUCUUGCACUCCGUGGCUUCCUUACAAACUCGUGGGUUGAAAUUCAACAGAAUCUCAGAGGAGUAUUAUGUGAACUUGAAGGAAAGAUUAGACAGAGAUCAGAUCGAUUUGUAUGAGGACUUCGAAAGAAUCCGAGAGCUUCAGAUUUUGGUGGACUUUGACCCUGCUACUAAGUACUUGACGCCUUGUGGAAAGUACAGAUGCCACUAUCUUUUGCAAAUCUUCAGUGAGCCAUUCCACGAUCGUCCUACUUUUUUUAUUGAAAUCAUCCAAAGACAUCAUCAUAACGGAUUUGGUAAAGGAACCUUCAAGGGUCUCUUCGAGUCGAUUGAGUUACAACAAAGAAAGCGUGGCACCCUCGUCCCUAUCGAAUAA